AUGCCUAAUUUUUAUCAAGGAACAGGCCUUCAAUUUGAGUUGAGUACUAAUAAUGAUAAAGAUAUCGAAGGCGAUGGAUUAUUAUGGACCUGUAAAAUGAUUCUGCCUUCCGUUGAAAGUUUGCCGGCAGCAAUACGUUUUUUCUUUAAUGGGGUAAAGUUGUGUUCUUUGUACUUGAGAAAAGCCAGAUUUUGUGAAAAAACUGAAUCUAGUAACAAAUCAGUUGACUGUUUCUGUUCUAAUGAAUCCAAUACUACAUUCUAUCUGAAUAUCACAUUGGGUCACCACCAUACUGGUAAUUGGUCAUGUGGUGACAUCAAUAAUGAUGGUGCCGUCAGUUCCGCUAUAUAUCUAACUGUUAAAAAUCGUCAGCCAUUCAUUGGUAAACCACAAAUCAUUAUAUCACCCAAUGGCGGUCACACACCAACUGGUACAGAAUCAUCAACAUGGAGAGUAGAAUCUACGUCUACAACAGCUCCAACGUUGUCAUCAACACAAGUUACCCAGUCCCCAGUUCCACCAUCACCAUCAUAUAACUAUUAUAUUUAUACAGGGGUUAUAAUUGGCGGAGUUCUAUGUCUAGCAAUACUUGGCAUAGUCAUCAUUGUAGUUAUCCGAAAGAGAAAAGUGGAAAUUAUUGAAAAUGAUUUAUAUCUUGGCAGUGAUAAUUAUUUUGUUCAAGAAAACUCACUGCCAAAAGAAACUAAAAAACCUAACACUACAGCGUGGAUAAAUAAAGCGAAACCUUACUUUGUGGAUCAAAUCGGAGACACUCUUCAAGGUGAUUUAGAUAUGAACAAUUUUACCAUAACUAAUUUAAAAUCUCCGGAAAACGAUAAUGACGCUGUUCACAAGAAAUAUUUACGGGAACAAAUAAAUUCAAUUGAAGUAAAUAAAAACCAUUUAGAAGAUAAAAUAAGUAAUGUGAAAAGAUUCUUCAAAAUUCAACUAAAUAAUAAAAAUUUUGUUAAUGAUACUAAACUACAACAAGAGGUAAAAAGAUUAAUAAGUUUUAUUCAAAAAGAAUUGGUCAACGUAGCGAAUAAAACUGAGUUACAAAAUUUAAUUUCAUUAAUAUCUAAAUUAGAGGAUAAGAUUGCAAAACAAAAAUUAGACAUAGAUAACAUUCCAGAUGAAAAUGAAGAUACGUUUCAACAGGAAUUAAAUGCUCUAGAAACUUAA